GUGGUGACGGCUGUCCCGCUGCUCCCCGCAGGAACCUGAGCUCGGCCGCCAGCUCCGCCUCUCCCUCCGCCACCUCGCAGAUCCUGGCCAGGAAGAGGCGCCGAGGGAUCAUCGAGAAGCGCCGCCGCGAUCGCAUCAACAACAGCCUGUCCGAGCUCAGGAGACUGGUGCCCAGCGCCUUUGAGAAGCAGGGGUCGGCCAAGCUGGAGAAGGCUGAGAUCCUGCAGAUGACUGUGGAUCACCUGAAAAUGCUGCACACCGCAGGAGGAAAAGGUUAUUUUGAUGCUCAUGCUUUGGCUAUGGACUACCGGAGUCUGGGGUUUCGGGAGUGCCUGGCCGAGGUGGCUCGGUACCUGAGCAUCAUAGAGGGUCUGGACGCCUCCGACCCGCUGCGGGUCCGACUCGUGUCUCAUCUCAACAACUACGCCUCUCAGCGGGAAGCAGCAAGUAGUGCACACGCCGGCAGCGGACACAUUCCUUGGGGCAGUGCCUUUGGACAUCACCCUCCCAUCUCUCACCCCUUGCUGCUGGCUCAGAACGGGCACGGUAACACCAGCACCACAGCGUCUGCCACGGAGCCGCACCACCCGGCCAGGAUUGCUGACACUGCCUCACUCAGAGUGCCCCCAAACGGCAGCGUCGGACCCGUGCUCCCCGUGGUCACAUCGACUGCCAAACUGUCUCCUCCUCUCCUCUCCUCCAUGGCAUCUCUGUCUGCCUUCCCCUUUUCGUUUGACUCCUUCCACCUGCUGUCCCCCGGCGUGCUGAGCCUGUCUGCGCCAACGCCGUCAGCGGCCCUCCCCAAACCCUACCGACCCUGGGGGACUGAGAUCGGAGCCUUCUGAGAACUAACUCCUUAGUCAGGGUGGGGAAGCCUACAGACCAGCUGAGCUGGGUCAUGCCACGCUUAAAGUUGAAGUUCUUAAUAACAGGGACAAAGGUACAGCUUCACCUUAACUGAGUUGGUCUAAAAACUGUCUCUUUAGAUUUUUCUUUUUCUUUUCUACGUUUUUUGUAUUAGCAGGUGGGGUUUUUUUAAAUAGUUGCUGAAGUUGUCAAAAAAAAAUAAAAUGACAGUAGUGGUUGUUAACACUUGUGUUAGAUCUGUGCCGAGCAUUUAAAUCACUUUUGUUAAACGGUUUGUUUCAAAUGUUUCAUUUGCCCUGAGUACGUCCAACUGCCUUUUUAUGAAGAGAUAUCACAUAUUAUUGUUAGCGACAGCCUGGUUUUGUUAUUAAUUUUCCCAAGACCACUCUUCUCAGCAUUAACAAGCUGUGAUUUUUGUUAGUGUUUUGACAUUCAGAUGUUCUAUAAAGAAUUACUCUUUUUGUAAACUA